AUGGUGUCACCUUGGGCUUGGAUACCCUUCUCGCGAUUGGGCAUGCAGACCAGCUUCUCUGUGUUCUCCUUGGCGCUACAUGCUAUUCGGUUCGUCAAGAUACCUGACCGGGUCCAAGCGAUAUUGACCGUGGCGUUGGCCGGGUCGCCUCGCAAGAGUCUAGAGCAGUCGGGCGUCCGCCGCGGCCGCGCAUUGGCUUCACGCGUCAUGGAUUUGACUGGCGCAGGUGUUUUGGAUGGGUUGUAUAUCCCAACGGCUACCCCGCCCAUUCUGUCGCCUCUUGCACUGUAUCGCGAUGAAUUCACCUCCUACGUCUUUUCUGACGCGCAGGACCUCCAAGCUGCAACGAACUACUCGAUGUGCCCCAUCGAUCCGUUCACCGACUUUCCUCCCCUUGAAGGCACUCCCAAUCUUGCCUCCGUCCCCAUUUCUCGUCGUCCACGUGAGCGUCGGUCGGUGGCAUCUGCGUGGGGACGAAUGUAUCACCCAUACCGGACCACCACUCACCGUCAGUACAAGGCUCAAGAAUCACACCGUGGCAGCGGUAUGGACGCUCCCUUAGUCCGGGGCUUGGUACCUUUGGAGUCGACACCACACCCCUGUGGUGGUUACAACGUCCAGUCGUCCCAGCGGUCCUCAAACGCGGUUGCAGGACCUUCACGCAUUCGACUUGAGGAUCUGGACUGCGAGUACGAUGGCGCCAUAGACUCGACCACGAUUCCUUCCGCCUAUUUAUCUCUAUCUGGGCAUUCAACGUCAACCUCGCCUUCCGCCUCACUUAACGACACGGGCGACGCCAUCAUGAGCCAACCCGCGCCUAUUUUCGGGCCCUACGCCCAAGUGGAUAUAGCUGAUGAUAUCUCCGACAUUGCACCUGGCGAUGGAUUCACUCGGCCUGGAUUGUCAAGUUUCUCGCCGCUGAGCUCCUGGCAGACGGAUCGCUUUGACGCUCUCCCAUCUUCAUGGGAAUAUCCCGGCCUCUCAUCUAAUGUACUUGCUGGCUCGUUUGUGGAGAUGCCUUGGCUUUUCGACGAGUUGGAAGCGCUCGCUAAGUCGGCUCCAUUCCACUUCGGCGACGAUGAGCUGGAUCCCCAUCUCCUGGUUGACUCUGAGGGUGCCGCCUCUACUCGCACAACGUCUUCCGACGACCGUUCCCCAACGCACGACGACUUCAACGAGGCGUUGCUCUGGCUAUCGCCAACCGAGUUCGCCAAAGAGCACCGCCAAAUGUUUCGGUGCAGGCUGCCGCGAGACUCGAAGCGCCGAGGGCUUCUGGACGCAGCGCUUAGUGCCGAUAGCGACGAGUGUGGAGCGCUUUGCCACACACCAGCUGCCUUCGACAGGCACCUAACCGUCGACCACGAGAUCCCACAUGCAAAGGAUGUCAAGGAUAGUGCUCGCUGCGCAUGGCCCAAAUGCAAGAGCCAAAAGGUCAUGGAGGUCGGCAGCUACCAUCGACACGUCCUCGAGAAGCACGCGAUGCAUUGGCGGUGCCCAUUUGUAAACUGCCCGCAGCGCGAGAGGGAGACCAUGGACAAGAAGACGGGCGAGAAGGUGACGUCGUACCCGAGGCAUACAAACCUUGGGACGCACAUAAGGGAGUACCACGAUCCCGGUGACCUGCAAAGGAUGAAGCUGAUGUACGGGCAGGGGUGGAAGUUCGCCUUCGCCUGUUUUCACGGGCAAUAG